UAUUCUUUAUUUUACAGUCGAUAAAAAUUGUAAUGUUCAAAAUGUUAAAAUCAUUUAAUGAACAAACAUUAUUAUAAAACUUCAGUCCGCACAUGCGCGCAUAUUAUCAUCUAGUUGUUAUUAAAAUAGAUUAUUGUCAAUAACAAUAUGUGUAGCCAAGGCUCACAUUAUAUCAUCAAUCAACAAUACCCAAAUAAUUCAGCAUAAGUAUGUCAAGUUUGUUUAUAUAAACGGCCUCCUAAAAUUUGUUAGAAAUCUAGAGAAAUCUAAUUAAAUGGAAAGUUAAUUAUAGACAAGGAUACAUAUAUCUGGUAACUUUUAAUUGAUUUAUUUGUUGUGAAAUUGUUUUCCACCUAAAACAUAAAAUUGGUAACAUAAAUCAUAGGGAAUUUACAUGAUUUAAUUGCCAGUUAUUCUUAGCUUAAACGAAGAUUGUCUUUAUAAAUUCUGGAAGUGAUUGGUAAAUGUUGUGGCUUUUAUUUUUUGAGUUUAGAAUAUAUGAUGUAAGUUUUUCUGCUGUAAUUGUAGAUUUUAUUGUUGUAGAUUUAUAUUAAUAACUUUCAAAUCACUGAAUAUAAAGUUUUAGAAAAAUUUAUUUCCAAAGCCAAUUUAAUUCCUAUUUUAAAUUUAGGGAUGUAGUUUUAAAUUAUUUUUUUAAAGUAUGAUUGGUUAAUUAAAUUGGCGGUAAAAAAAAUGAGCUGUAGAAAGUAUUCAUAGAACUUACCAAUCAUCCCCUAUAUGAUAAUUUAAUAUAGUAUUUUUAACAAUAAUGUAAUAUGGUAUCAAGGAUGAAUAUAUAUAUAUAUAUACACAAAGAUAUGGUAAUAAAAUCAAGCAGCAAAAGCAAAAGAAUCAUCCAAAUUUUUAUUACAUUCUGAAAAUAUACAAUUUUCUAGUUAAUGUAGAUACGUCACUGAAUAAAAAAGAUUGCUAUUAGCUUCUCAAAGUCAAAGAAAUGACAAAUAAAUAGCAAAUGUUUAUAAGCCAUAGCUUACCGGUAUACCUUUGAUAUACACUUCAACAGUUAACAUAAUUAAGAAAUGGCAUCAAAGAUCACAGUUAAUAUGGCAUCAAGGAUGAAUAUAUACAAAGAUAUGGUAAUAAAAUCAAGCAGCAAAAGCAAAAGAAUCAUCCAAAUUUUUAUUACAUUCUGAAAAUAUACAAUUUUCUAGUUAAUGUAGAUACGUCACUGAAUAAAAAAUAUUGCUACUAGCUUCCCAAAGUCAAAUAAAUGACAAAUAAAUAGCAAAUGUUUAUAGGCCAUAGCUUACCGGUAUACCUUUGAUAUACACUUCAACAGUUAACAUAAUUAAGAAAUGGCAUCAAAGAUCACGUUUGUCGUUCUUCUUGCUUUUGUUAUCGCUUGUGCAAUGACGAUGAGUGUUCCGAAAGCGGGAGCUCAGAUUUUUCUUCCAUGCAAAACAACAAAAGAUUGUGAAUACCUUCACUGCUCGAACGGGACACCUCUAUGCGUAAAUGGGCAAUGCCAAUGUACCAUUUUAUCAACUCAUGCGGCAAGACUUGACGACUUAAAAACGAAGAAGAAUAAUGCCAAGAAAUGCAAGUUGACGACAGACUGUGAUCCUCGUAUGAAAUUUACUUGUGUUUCGAGAUCUUAUAUGUGUUUUGAUGGUCUCUGUACCUGCACCAAUUAAUGCCAAUUAUUAUAAACAUUGCAUACAUAUUUUGGUGAUUUUUUUAAUAUAGGUCGAAUCAUCGAUUUUAAUAUCAUAUAAUCUCUAUGUAUCUUAUUAAAGUAGAAGUACUUUAAGCUUUUGUUUGGUAACAUAGAUAGCUGUUAAAAAAUAGUGUUGUUUGAAAACAUAGAUAGUAGUAACGGAUUUAUGCUAUUAAAAAUAUUGGAAGUCCAUUACAUUAUAUUAAAAAGUAAUGGAUUUAUGUUACUUGAUAUACAUAUUCAAAUCAA